GCAUUUAACGAAACGUGUCCAGUGGUUUACAUUCAUUUUUUUGGUGCAUUCGUAAUUGGCUGAUUCAAUCGUUUGCAUUUAUUACAAUGGCAACUGAAAGUUCUGAAAUUCCUUCCAUUGAUGGAAUUUAUACAUCUGAAAAAACUGGUAGUGAUGAAAAUGGUAAAGGUACACAAGACAACCCUUACAAAACAAUUUUGCAGGCUAUGCGUCAUGCAAAGGUUGAACCAUUUCCCACAAUAUACGUAGACAGCAAAGAUCCAAAAGCUGAAAGCCCAUAUGAAGUUGCUGCCAAAUCCCAGCUGAAGAAAAUCCAGAAGAUCUUUACACGAGAAGGUCAUAAGAAUGCCGACAAACAACAACGUGAAGCCGAAGAUGCUGAAAAGCGAAUGCAAAAUUUGGAAGAUGCACGCAAAAUUAAAAUCGAGGAGGAUCCAAGCCUACCCGCUGCACGUAGAAUACGCAUAAGUCACGGUGAGGAAUACCGUGGUGAACGUAUUAAGAUUUAUGGAUGGGUUCAUCGUUUGCGUCGCCAGGGUAAGGGAUUAAUUUUCAUAACUCUAAGAGAUGGCACAGGAUUUUUGCAGUGCAUACUCACUAAUCGGCUAUGUCAAACUUAUGAAGCACUUGUGUUAAGUACUGAGAGUUCAGUGCUCCUUUAUGGUGUAAUGAAGCCGGUACCUGAUGGCAAAAUGGCACCAGGUGGUCAUGAAUUGCAUGUCGAUUUUUGGGAAUUAAUUGGUUUGGCACCAGCAGGUGGGGCUGAAAAUAUUCUUAAUGAGGAAGCACAUCCUGACGUUCAACUGGACAAUCGCCAUAUUAUGAUACGUGGUGAAAAUACUUCAAAAAUCUUGAAAAUAAGAUCAGUUGUUAUGCAAGCUUUCCGUUCGCACUUCUUUGAUCGGGGUUAUAAUGAAGUCAAUCCACCAACUCUGGUGCAGACACAGGUCGAAGGAGGGUCAACACUUUUUAAAUUGCAAUAUUUUGGCGAAGAGGCCUAUCUAACUCAAAGUUCUCAAUUGUAUUUGGAAACUUGUCUGCCAGCACUUGGCGAUGUAUUCACUGUUGCCCAGAGUUAUCGCGCAGAACAAAGUAGAACGCGUCGUCAUUUGUCCGAAUAUACACACGUAGAAGCCGAAUGUCCAUUUAUUACCUUUGAUGAUCUUUUAGAUCGUUUGGAAGAUUUAGUGUGCGAUGUGGUUGAUCGUAUUUUAAAAUCACCGUGGGGUUCCAUCGUUCACGAACUUAACCCUGAAUUUAAACCGCCCAAGAAACCUUUCCGUCGCAUGAAUUAUGCAGAUGCCAUCAAAUGGUUAAAGGAGAACAACGUAACUAAGGACGAUGGCACAUUCUACGAAUAUGGCGAGGAUAUACCAGAGGCGCCCGAGCGUAAAAUGACUGAUACCAUAAAUGAACCAAUUAUGUUAUGCCGCUUUCCACUUGCUAUAAAAUCUUUCUAUAUGGCAAGAUGUCCCGAAGAUAGCAACUUAACGGAAAGUGUUGAUGUACUUUUACCGAAUGUUGGUGAAAUUGUUGGCGGUUCCAUGAGGAUUUAUAACUAUGAGGAGCUGCUUGAAGGUUAUAAACGCGAGGGUAUUGACCCAACUCCAUAUUACUGGUAUACUGAUCAACGUAUAUAUGGCACACAACCGCAUGGUGGAUACGGUCUCGGCUUGGAACGUUUCCUUUGCUGGUUACUCAAUCGCUAUCAUAUUCGCGAAGUUUGCUUGUAUCCACGUUUCCUUGAUCGUUGCAAACCUUAAAUGACGCGACGUUCUUAAUACGAAUAAAAACACAUAGUAAAGCUUGCAUUUGAUUAAACAA